GGAGAUCUCAUGGAGUAGUGGCAUUUGACAACACCCCCGCCACCAUCACCAAUCUCCUUCGUCGGCGGGUCUGAUUCAGCCAAGAUGAACGAUCUGAUGACCGACUCCUUCGUCGGCGCCGCUGCAGCAGCGCCCCAGGCCAAGAGGCAGCAGGACGGCGGGCCUACCGCCGGCGUCGAGAAGCUGCAGGCGUUCUUGGCAGAGGCGGAGGCGGCCAAGAACGAGAUGGCCGCGCUGCGCAACGAGCUUUCCCAGCUCCAGUCCGCGCACGAGGCUUCCAAGUCCCUCCUCCGCCCCGGCGCGCCCCGCGCCGCCACGCAGGCCGCGCUCGUCCGCCUCCUAGGCUCCGCCCGCCGCCUCCGCGCCCGCCUUGCAUCCAUGGACCGCCGCGCGCCGGCGCCCGCGGCGCACGCCACCGCGGGCCUCCGCGGCCGCCUCCAGGACCUCACUGCCGGGGUCCAGACCCUCCGGCGUCAGGUCUCCGCCGAGCGCCGUGGCGACGCGGCCCGCUGCUACCUCGCCGUGGCCGGCGAGGCCCCCACCGAGGACCAGCUGGACCGGCUCGUCGCAAGCGGCGGAGCCGGCGCCGACGACGCCGACGAGGCGAUGCGGGCGGCCAUGCUGUCCUCCUCCGAGGCUGAGAAGGUGGAGGGUGGGCUCCUGGAGCUGCAGCAGCUGUUUCUCGACAUGGCCGCGCUGGUCGAGUCCCAGGGCCCGCUCUUGGAGGACGUGGAGCGGCAUGUUGCAGCGGCAGCGGAGGACGUCGGCGCGGCCGAGGGGGAGCUGCGAGAGGCCCGGCGGCUCCAGGGCGCCGCGCGGCGGAGGAGGAUGUGGUUGGGCGGGGGGCUCGCGGCGCUGCUGCUGGUCGCCCUCGCCGUGGCGGCCGUCGUGGUGGCUCUCGCGCUGGCGCGGCGCAAGGGCGGCAGGGUGCAGCUCGCCGGUGCCGGUCUGUCUGGCUUGGGUGAAUUUGCCAGUGUUGGUGUGUUUCGUUUUCUUGGGUUGUGAUGAGCCCCGCGUUCGGUCUUUUCGGUUUGCACGGUCCGGCCUUUCGAUCUUUUAAGAAAAACCGGUCUGAAAUUA